AUGACUGUCUUGACAAGAUUAUACCACAUAUGCAUCAUGCUAGCCAUUCCUCCUUGUCCCCCUGCCCCAACAAAAGAGCGCGUGGCCUGGAGAUGCCGGCGCCGUGGCACCGGGGGCGGGCCGCGUUUCUGGCAGUUGUGUAAACUGGGGGCUGCCACCACGGAGAGACCACAGGAACCCCCCUUGGGCCCUCCAUGUCCCUUUGACGGGGCCUUUUGGACUCGAAGACCCCCACAGGCACCUCAGCAGGGGUGCUUUGCUUGCAUCUCCAAGACACCCCCUGUACAGCAAGGAUCGCCUGUCCUGUCUCCCUCCUCUGCCGUUUGCCUCAUGGAGAACAAGAGCUGCAAAGGGGAUAGCCUGCGGCCACCGGUCCAAUGCAAACACUCUGUAGAGAAGAAGACGAUGACUAAUCCCACCACGGUGAUUGAAAUCUACCCAGACACCACCGAGGUGAACGAUUACUAUCUCUGGUCCAUCUUCAACUUUGUAUACCUCAAUUUCUGCUGUCUGGGUUUCAUUGCCUUGGCGUAUUCUCUGAAAGUUCGGGAUAAAAAACUUCUAAACGACCUGAAUGGUGCUGUUGAAGACGCCAAGACAGCCCGUCUUUUUAACAUUACCAGCUCAGCACUGGCCACCUUCUGCAUCAUCCUUGUCUUCAUCUUCCUACGAUACCCACUCACCGACUACUAGAACAUGGUCAGCAAUUGCUGCCCAAAUUCCUCCAUGCCGGAAGCCACCAUUGAGUUUCUUAUUGAAGGGACACAAACAAAUAAAACACCCAUACAACUCCGUCCUAAUGGCAAGAGUCAUCCCAAACAAAUAAAAGCAGCAACCAGGACUCCCCCAACACACUCCCCCUUAGCCUGACUGGUAUGCGAACUUCUGUAGCAAAGAGUUUUACUUUUACAUUUUGUACACAAAGUAUUUAUUUUCAUGAUAAAUAGGAUUUGAUGGUGAGAUGGAAACUCGGCACAGCUUAAUAAUCAAAGGGGAUGGUGGACUGCACUGGAGAAGAAAUGGAGAGAAUACAGGGCCAUCAAUGAUCUCGUGACGAAGGUUACAGAACCAACCGGAGUGCUGAACUGAGAGGAUGGGGCAGAGGGUUCUGUUGGGCAAGUUGAUCUGCAGACCUCUUUGGGAUCUACUGCAAAGUCUAUACACAAUUUCAGAGCUCAAGAGGGAAUGGGGUAAGGUGGGAAUGCUUACUGCUAAGAGAUAAGCAUGGCCUUUGCAGAACAUAUCAGUUGCAUUCAGACUGCUUCUAACUUCUUUCCCUCUCUUCUCCCCACUCUGUGUCCUCAACACUCUCUCUCUCUCUCUCUCUCUCUCACACACACACACACCCCUUUGCCAUAUACAUUUUACCUGUUUUCAUAUUUAUUUGACUGAAGCCCAUAAUAGCUUGCAAAAAUGUUUUUAAAAAACCAGGAAAUGUUGAUUCUAUACAGUUUACAUUAGCCUUUCCUGAUGAAUCCUGGAGCCUUCCAGGAUAAUUCCCAGGGAAAAAAUAAAAUGUAAUAAUGGUCUUCUUUGGAACCUCAUGGAAACACUGAGAAUGUAGACAACUUAUGGAAAAUUCACAUAGAUCCUGUAUCUCUGUCAACUUUCAAUAAAA